AAUUUCACACUCAAUUUAUUUCACGUAUCGCUUUCUUCUCUCUCUUACUCUGAGACUCUGCCUCUCUCUCUCCCUGUGUCUCUCACUAUAUGUAUAUCUGUGUAUAUAUCUCCCCUUCUUCAGUAACACAAAAUCCUGGCCGUCCAUUAAAAAAUCCAGAUUCCGGCAACUGUUCCUCUGAUCGUCCGUUUUGUCUCUGCGGGAGCCAAAAAUUUUUUUAAACCUUUUUGGUUUUACCUUCUUUUUUUAAAACCUUCUAUUUUACUUUUUUACCCCUUUUGGUCCAGAUUUUUUUUUUGAGUGGUGACGUGGCAUUCACCAAAACGACAAUGAACACCAAGACCAUGCGCCUGCCUCCCCGUCGCUUUCUGACGCCAACUAAGCGCAAAGAGCGAGACGGUUUUAAUAACUUCCUUAAUAAACCGUCAAUUACAAUACCGCUACCUAGAAGAAUCCCGUCCAAAUUACCCAACCCGACCACAGCUGGCGAAAAGCCGACGCUCGAGCAGGCUAAAUCCAAUCAGCUCCUCGCUGGAUACCUGGCCCAUGAGUUCCUCUCCAAGGGCACGCUAUUCGGUCAACCUUUCGAUCCAGCGGCGGCUCGAGCCGAGAUUGUGGCUAAGAAGGAUAAGGUGAUAAGUUCCCAGAGAGCGGAGCCGGAGCCGGAGCCGGAGCCGAGGAAGGACAAGUGUGAGAGGUACGUGGAGAUAUCUGGUUUGUUGAAAAGAGAAGGGGCCCACAUACAAGGUAUAGUCAAUCCAACUCAGCUCGCUUGUUUCCUACAGAUGUGAUUGUGAAUGAAACGCAGCAGCAGCUACGAAAGGUUGAUCCUCCCAACACCGUGGAGCCCCGAAUCCUCCUCGGACUCCACAAACUCUUAUCAAUUUAGAUCGAGCUAUCGAUGGGGUAGUGACCAAAAAUGCUAACAAUCCUAAUGUUUUUUUGUCUAUCUCAAAUACUGAAUGAAGAGACAUGAAUCAUGUGGAUUA